CAGUUUCUACACUAAACGUCAACGCGGAAGCAGACCGCUUGGCGCUUGUGAAUGAAAAUAUCACUGCCGAAAUCAUAAAGACAUUUAUUGAGUGUAUAGUGUGGUGAAAACAGCAGGACUUAAAAUGGCCGCACCGGAAAUUUUAUCGCCGCCAUAGUAUCUACCUCAGUGGUGAUGCUAUCCAUCCCCCAAACGCCAACCCCAAUCUUAAAAAACAAAUACGAAAAUAACAAUGACGUCAACAAGAAGCACCAAGCAAAACAACACGAAUUAACGAUGACUGCCGAUUGCAAGACUUAUUCUACCGUGACCUCAUCCAUCAAAUCUUCGGACUCUGUCAAGUCUUUAAAACAGAGUAGCAAGAAAAAAAGCGGCUGCAUUCAUUUAAAUAAUCUAUGGAGCAUAUGGUACGGAUUAUUCGGAACUGGCCUACAAGCCUAUGCUGCUUUUAAAUGCCUUAAAAGAACUUUAGGAUAUUCUCUUCUGGGAUGGCCUGAAGGUUUACCUUUUCUCGAACUAAAUUGCAGUCUUGGGUUGACUGGCGCUGCCUUUUUGCUGCUGCCUGUGUUCCUUGCCGUCGCAAUAUUAAAGAUCGGUAAUCUAGCAAACGACGGCUUUAAACUGGGUCGCCAGAUCAGCACUUGCAGCAAAGACACGGAAACGGAGGACACUGCGAAAUCGGGCUGCGGCCUCUUCCGCUACGGCGGCCCGACCGCCCCCUUCAUCCACAUCGCGAUCUCCUUCUGCCUGCUGGUGCCAAAACUGCUGAUGGAGGCGAGACUGAUCGAGUCCGGCUUUCUGUCGCAAGACUGGAUCUGGCACACCGAUCUGGACUUUAUGAUUCGGCACAGGGAUCGUUUGGUGGUUCUGAGUUUCAUGCCCUCCAAUGCCACGCACAAAAUGGACUUGAUAAAUCCUAGGACUUCAGCCUUGCAGUUUAACAGCGAGUCGCAAGUCACUACCACGGUAAUGAAGACUUUGAAGGAUUACAUUGGGCACGACAAUCACACCACGAUUUAUGAUAAAAGUAUUGAUUCCGGCUGGGUAAACUCAGUGAGCGUGGAAUACUUGAAUUUGGCCAUAGCAUUAGUUAUCUAUUCUGUUAGAUAUCCGGCUCUAUUUUGGUCGACAAACAAAUGCCUCGGCAUCAUAUUCUCGUUUCAACUAUUGAUAAACGGCCUACACACCCUGAUCUCCUUCGCUGGAAUGUCCAUUCUGUAUAAGGUGCACAUCGCUGGCGUUUGGAAAUCGCUGCCGCUAUUGAAGCACAACGCGAGGAGCGUGUACACGUUCGGCAGUCCCACGCCGUUCCUGCUCAACUCGCAGGUCACAUUCGGCAUGUACAUGCUGUCGACCCUUUUGGUCCUGUCGUCGAGCAUUGUGCUCUAUUUCUACGGUCACACGAGAUUUCAUGCAUUUUUGGACCAAGAACGCGAACGCAAAAUAAUCAGCUUAAAAGGCGAAGGGGGCAACAGGUGGGGCUACUUCACUCACUGCGCCGCUUUGUGCGUCCUUAUUUCGAUUGGCAUCUGUAAUGCCCCCCUGCUACACGACUACACUGUAGUGUACAGGGGCAGUCUGGACGACAUAACAUUGAUAUGCAUCAUCGCCGGAAUUCUACAUCUCUUCUUCUGGAUCGUGAUCUGGCUGUUUCUGACCAUCAAGCACAAGUGGACCUUCAAGUUGAGAAUCACGAUCGCUAGAGCAACCGUAAGGGAAUCACGUUCAUUAAAACUCGUGACUGAUGUGCACCUGGCCUCCCAACAAUGCGAGGACCUAUCGCAGCAACCUCUUCUAGUGGUGGGCAACGGACGCACGUACAGUGUAAUUGAUAACUCCCCGAAAAGGGCCAUAAUGUCCGUGAUACAAAAAACUACUAUAGCAAAAAAAUCGCAGAGCAACGGAUCGAUCACGGCCAACUCUAAUACCGACGACGACGGCGAGGAACAGAUAUAUUGGCUCAGACCGGCGCUAGCCCCUCAGAUGUGCUCUCCCGAUGGGCACAAGUAUUUUUGCUGGACCAAGAAAAAGCAGAAGCAUAAGGUCACCUUUAACGAUGACACCGCUUCGGCUAACCGAAAAGGAGCCAGCAUUAAAAGACGUAGCGUAAUUGGCGCAAUCGAAGAGUUAGAUGACGGCGAUUAUGCAACUCUUAGAGAGCUACCUUUAGUCCCACCACAAUCUUCAUCUUAUCAAAAACGUAUGAGCAAUAGCGAAGACACUGCAAGUGAAGAAGGAAAGCUUUUGGCUUAUGUUCAUGACGAACACGUAACUUACGCUAGUGCGAGAGACUUAGAGCCGCCAACUGCAUCAUAUGAAGAUACUAGUCCCUUAAUCGAAUUCGAACCAUCUGUUAUCACUGUGCACAAUUAUGACACCCAGACUACCGGACCAGCUCCAAAAUGCUUACGCAGAACGGAUUCUGGUAUACCCCAUGAGGAACCCAUACGUUCAGAUUCUGUAAGCACAGAAAGCUCCAACUCUCCUCCAGACCUACCCGGAAGCAAUCAUAGCGAAACAUCCAGUGGAAUACACUCCAAUGAAAGCGCAGAGCACAAGACAGCAGAAAAAUUAGCAGGUGAAUGGAAGUCCCCACAGCAAGAGGACCUUCCAGCGAGUCACAUGAGCCCCCUCGUGGAUCACAGCAUGACUGAGAGCCUUCUCGAUGCCCCCGAAAGCACUGUUGUGAUUCGUCGAAAAUCCACGCGAAUAAACCCGAACGAAGGCGUGAGCAGUGUAAUUCUGAACGAAGACCCGUACGGUAGGGCAACCAACAUGCGAAUGACCUCGUUUACCGACGUCAGCAACGAUCUGCAAAACAUGCAAUCGUCGUCUGCCACGUUGCCGCAUUACCCGACGCAACCGGUGCAAAACGUAUACCCGCACUGCUCGACGAUGCCACUGCCGCACAACAAUGUGCAAAACUCUAAUAGUAAGCUUGGUAAUGGAAACAGUUGCAAUGUUAUGUACCCAAGGCAACACUCGACCAUACCGACACACCAUAACGGCGUCAACUUGAUUUCGAACCCGAUGAACAACACGAACGUCAGUCAAAACCCGUACAUCAAAAGGCUGCAUCCCAAAACGGGAUUCGUUAUCAACGAACCGAUUUAUACGAAAAUAAACAGGGCAACUGGAGAGCUUUAUCACUAUUCAUCGUAAAUGGUUUUGGCCUGACUGGCCAGAUCGUUGUACCAAUGAUUAAAACGGACCAGAGAUCAGAAAUGUUAUAAGAGCUAAGAUGACUUGGUCCUAUCAUACCAAAGUUCAUUCAUUUCUUGUAUAACACGCACACAUCAUUUUACCUCCAUGAAUAUUUACUAAUAAUGAUAUUUUUAUAUAAUUUAAACGCAUAAAUAUCAUCCACAAGCAAUGGCGUCCUUAGACACUAUUUUUAUA